AAUAAUUUGGGUCGUGCCGUUCAGUUUUAAAUUGGUAUAUGUUUGUAAAAUUGGCAUUUUGGGUUUUAGUUCAUCAGUACCACUGUGAAGAAUGAAAGAAAACAAUUCUUUGCGCCUUUUGGCCGCUUUCCUUUUAACUGCAUUUGCUGCGGGAGAAACGGUUAAUAUCCCGGGAGGAAGACUGUUGAUGGGGACUAAUUCAGCGGACGGACGGGACGGAGAGUCCCCCGUUAGAGAGGUGGAAGUGCAGCCUUUCAUGAUAGACAUAUAUCCGGUAACAAAUGUCCAAUUCAGGGACUUUGUGAGAUCACAGAAGUAUAAAAGUGAAGCUGAGACAUUUGGCUGGAGUUUUGUGUUUCAGGACUUUGUGUCAGAUGAGUUAAAGAGCAAAGUCACUCAGACUAUUGAGUCUGCUCCUUGGUGGCUGCCAAUAGAGCGAGUAUUCUGGAGACAGCCUGCAGGACCUGGUUCAGGUAUUCGGGAGCGUCUGGACUUUCCUGUGGUUCAGGUGAGCUGGAAUGAUGCUCAGGCUUUCUGUAGGUGGAAAGGCCGCAGACUGCCCACUGAGGAGGAGUGGGAGUGGGCCGCACGUGGAGGACUGCAAGGUAGGACUUACCCAUGGGGGAACAAGUUCCAGGUCAACAGAACCAACUUGUGGCAGGGUCCGUUCCCAGAUGGUGACACAGCAGAGGACGGAUACCAUGGCCUCGCCCCCGUCACAGCAUUUCCUCCUCAGAACAAUUAUG